UCCCUGUCUCUGUGCGUGUCGGUGAUGUUGCUCCAGAUAAAAGUUGCCACAGUCCUGUUGGCUAAAGUGCCAAGGCGGAUAUAACGCGUUACUAAGGAGCUCAGAUGAACCAGAGAGAAUAACGUCCACUUUCCAAUAAGCCGAAGUUUAGGAGCGACACAAUGUUUUCAUAUAAAAUCUAUUUAUAGGAGUCUCGACUUCUUCCUCCCGGGGGCUAAUGGAAGUUGACAUCUGCUUUGAAAACCAGCUGGAUUCAUGGAUUUCGUAAGGCCGAUGAGUUUAGUCAUGGACGAUCGUGGAUCUCAGCCCCAUCCGCGGAACACUGCUCUGAGGGUGUCGACUAAAACCAAAGCCCCAUCCCCGCCAGGACUGAAGAAGGUGGACUGUCCAGGUUUCUCCCAGUGGCACCCAGGAGGCCCUCAUUUAACCAUGGACCAGAAGGAGAACCUGAUGGACAAAGAGCUCUCUCUCACUGUGGUUUUGCCCGGUGGAUUGGAAAAGAAGACCCAAGUUGAAGGAAGCAAAGCCGUGAUGGAUCUAUUGGUGACACUCUGUGCAGAGUAUCACCUGAAUCCAUCGACCCAUACUUUAGAAGAGGUCACUGCCAGCAGGAAAAAUGUGAAGCUCAAGCCCAAUGUCCUCAUAGGAGCUUUGAAAACCGACAAGAUCAUAUUGAAACCGAAGGGAGAAGAUCAAAAAAAGAAGACCAGCCCACAGAUGCCAGAGGCUACUGUUCGGAUGGUGAUAAACUACAAGAAGACCCAGAAGACGGUAUUACGAGUAAAUCCGCAAGCUCCUCUCCAUGAGCUGUUACCGGCGAUCUGUGAGAAAUGUGAAUUCACCGCGGAGACCACCGUUCUGUUAAGGGAUGUCACAUCAUCAGCCCCCUUAGACUUGUCUAAAUCGCUUAAUGAUUACACAAUAAGGGAAAUUUACGCAAAGGAUAUGCAAGGACGAGUUUCCUCCCCUGUGUGCCCAAGCUCACCACUUUCUGCAGGAGCAGUAAGCCCUGGCAAAGAUAAAAACCAAAAAGAAAAAGAAAAUAAAGGCCUCUUCAGCAAGUUUAAAAAAAGCAAAAAGAAAUCAGAACAGCCAACAACAGCGAGUGCCCCAGCUUCUCCCGUGCUUGUCAGCAAGCCCCGACCGCUCAGCAUGGCCUUACCGUGUUCAAACUCGUCUCCGAUUGGCUCUCCGAACUUCGCCGAUGUGCCAAAGAAGAGACGUGCGCCCCCACCCCCAAUCCUUGUGUCUCAGAGCGGUCACUCUGACCUUGCCACCCGCCAGAGGAUCAACUCUGCACCUACCACCCAACUUGAUGGGAUUCAGAGGAGUCCUGUAAGUUGUGGGUCCUCAGCAGAAUCUACACUGAGGCGCACCAAACGCAAGGCUCCUCCACCUCCAACAUCUCCGAGCCCUAUUGUCCAAAAAACUGGAUCGGAAGAGGAACAUCUACAAGUUCCAACAGUGCUUCAGGAGAUCACAGAGCACGAGGAGGCGGCUGGCUCUGUAAUGUCCUCAGUCACUGAUACCCAGGGGGAGAAUGGCAGCCUCAACGUUUCUCCUGAAUCCUCGCUCCACUCACCGUCCCCAGAUGCUGAGAGUAGGAGCACAGUGGAGGCUGGUGGGGAAGAUCAGUGUCUUGAUCUAUCCUCAGAUGGCAAACGAGUGGACAGCUUUGUGAAUGGUUCUGCAGCUCAGGGUAUUAAGACACGUGACGACUCAGACUCAUCUGAACCCACUGUCGCUAACAGUGUAGCAGUUCAGGUUGAAGAUGUUCACCCAGAGCCUAUCAGCGAAGGGACUAAAACCGGCAGCAGUGAGAGCAACCUCCCUGCUCCUGUAAAGAAGGAUGCAGAAGUCCAGGCCUCCUGUGACGCACAAACGGAGCCCCCAAGAAAACCGUGUGACGAGUCGGCGAGUUCAGUGACCGUCAGUGCGCCGUGUCCUGCUGGAGCAGACGCUCCAGUGCAAACAGAUUCCAAAGGACUCUCUGUGCCUCCGCAGCAAGAUGUAGACAAAGUUCCUUUAUCGGCGGAUUCAGCCGCCUUGGGGUCAGCAGAGAAGAAAGAUAUGUCCACUUCGACGGAGGAGCUGGAACCCCCUAAGCCUGAUUGUGCCUCACUCCACGCUACAUCAACCUCGCCGUGCCAAGACUCAAAGCCAAGCGUGCCAGCCUCGCCGAAAGCACCGCCCGUGCAUGCAGCGGACCCUGAGCUAAAGCCGAAGCCUUCGAAUGAGCUGACCAGGGACUACAUCCCCAAAGUUGGGAUGACGACCUACAAGAUUGUGCCUCAGAAAUCUCUUGAGAAACUCAGAUACUUUGAAGUUGCACUGACACUGGAGGCGCCUCCAGAAGCUCCAGGAGAGGAACUUGGUUCUGGUUCUCCCGGUUUGAAGGAGGACCAGGGACAGAAUGAGGUUUUGAAAGAGAACACUGAGCUAAAUUCUAACUUAACCAGGGAUGACUCACUGUCUCGCACAACUAAUGCCACUACUACUUUGAGUACUACUACAAUGCAACACACUGUAAACGGAAGUAUACCUGAGCCACCUCCUCUCUCGCCACUGACGACUGUACAGAGCACAGACAAAACCUCCCCCUCUGCUAAUGGAGCGUCUCAAGCAGGUUCAGCGGCAGAGGUCAAGGAGAUGAAAAUUCCACCCGCAACUAAACCUAAGCCAGCUUCUUUCCGCUUGGGACAGCACAAAAAAACACCUGGAUAUUACGUAACUUCAGCUGCUGAGAAAAAUCUUGGUGCCAGUCCUGCCUCUGGCCUCAAGGAGACUCCGGGGAGUCCAGAUCACGCAGUCCUGCCCUCUCCUCCUCUUCCUCCUCCUCCUCCUUUACCUCCCGCACAGUGUCAAGAGGAGACGGCAGAGGUCGCUGGCGUUCAGUUUAGUACGAAACAGGAUAGCAACAAUGUGCCCUCCAUGGGACUGACGAGGCAAAGCAGUCUGCCGCCCCGACAGCCGGGUGCUGGGAUGAGCUUGGUAAAAUUAAGGAGCUUUGCAGCUCCUAGACCCUUUUCUCCUCCGAAGCCAUCCCGCUUUGCCCAGGCUGUGUCCUCAGCUGUGAAAAGAACCCAGUCUCUGUCCCACGGAUCAAGAUCACCUCCCUCCUCGGUGUCGCCGCCCGUUUCUCCGAUUACAAGUCCCUCUCCAGUCACACAGUCAAAGGGCUUAUCUGAACUCAAGCAGGGUGAGGAAGUUUCUCAGACGGCAAAAGAGUCGGGACUGUAGCAGCGCUGUGACUCCCCUGACAGCUUAUUCUUCACGGGGCCUUCAUCCUGUGGCGUGAGAGAAGAAGCUGUCCUCUGUAAAACCCGUUCCCGUGGUCUUCCCCAGCCUACUUUAAAACUUUGAAUUUUAAUGAUUUUUUUUGUUAUCACAAUAUUAUUAGUUUUGACUAUUGUUGGCUUCUUUUUAUGUGACGACUUUUAUGCAUUCAAUGCGAAGAGUUGGGAUCGAUCAUGAUCAGUGAUGGUAAAUAAUAAUCCUAUAAAUUAUUAGUGAUUCCCAGAGCGAUAAUAUUGUUGGAUUUAGUAAGAAAGUAUAGUAUCUAAAAUAAUACUGGAUGUGUAGGGCAGAUCAGGUCUGACCUUCAGUAAAUGUUUCCAUAUUUAAGUCUUAGCCUUUCCAUUCCAGUGGAUGCAGGAGAGCACUGCUGUGUACACUUGUUCUUGUUUGGUGAAUGUUGCUAUGAUUAAAGCUUUUAUCAAGCCAA